AUGGCAUCCAAUAGUGAACAGUCAUCUCAACAACAACUUCUGUCAGAUCAUGCUCAGAAAAGCAGUUCCACACGUCCAUCUGAUAUCGACAAUACAUCCGUUUCAAAUACUAGUCUGAAUAUGAGUGACGAAAAUCGUGAUCCAUCUUCAAAUCCUUUACCAACAAAAAUACGUCCAAAACCUGUUGAUGCACGUUCAGCAGCUGCUUCAUCAUUAAUAUCAUCAUUAGAUAGUCCAAAAUCAGCAACAAUUACAAAUGUAUCACAACGAUUACCUUCAACUUCAGUUGAAGUAUCUGUUGGUGAAAUUUUAUCAACCGAUGAAAAACGUGCAUCUGUUAGUAUUCGUGAACAACAACAGCAACCACAACAACAUCAACAACAAUCAUAUCGUCAUUCAUCAUCAUCAUGUUCAUCAUCUGAACUUGAUGAUAUAACUGAAAAUACAUUUUCAACAACAAAUAAAAUGGAUUUAGGUGAAGCAACACGUGAAUUAACUCGUUUAUUACAUAUCGGUAAUGAUAAUACAAUGAAUGAAAUACAUUUAAAUCCUGAUGCACCUGAUUUUACUCCUAUUGAUUUCUCACCAACAUAUCGUUCAGAAUUAGCACCAGCACAUUUACAUCGACGUGCAACACAAGUUGAUUAUUAUAAUAAUCGUCAUUCACGUUCACGUUAUUAUUCUGAAUCCUAUCAUCAUUCAGUACCAACAAAUACUUCAACAAUACGACCAUUACUUUCACUUGUUCCACAAUAUAUUCCUUAUCAUCGUCAAUCAUGGAGUACAACAACACCACCACCACCACCAUCAGCAUCAUCAUCAUCGAAUGCAUGGUGGCAACAACAAGAUUAUAGUAAUCCAUCAAGUUCAACAUCAUCAUAUCAUUCCAAACCAGCUUAUCCACUUUAUUCACCAUUAAUGCCACCAUUAACAGAUGAUAGUCUCUAUCCAAAUAGUAGACAAUCAUCAUCUAAACGACAACGAAUACAUUCAAGUCGUGCUUUUGUUUUUCCAAGUCAAACAACAACUAAUAGAAAACGUUCACAUUCAGGUCCUGAAACACCUUUAAUACCACCUCCAACACAUCUUAAUGGUAUUCAUUGUUUAGCAAAAAUAAUGAUCGAUAUUUUACGUUUAAUUGAUCCAUUACCAAUAAAACAAGAACAAAAAUCUAAUAAAACAGAAAUUAGUUUAUCACCUUCAAAUUUUUCAUCAUCAUCUCAACAGCAACAACGGAAAUAUCGAAGAUCAUCAAAUAAUACUUAUCAACAACGACGUUUACAACAGAAACAUGAUUCAAUCGAUGCCGAAGAUGUUUUUGUUGACGAUGAAAUAGCAACAAUAACUUCUUUGAUUCAAAAAACAUAUGAUACAACUAAUGCACAGAAUAAAUCAGUCGAAGAUUUAAUUGACAAUGAACAGAAACCAUCAUUAUUAUUGAAUUCAACUGAUACUGAUGUUAAAAAUACAGUACAUUCACCUGUUGAUGAAUCAUCUACGAACGAAUCAACGCCUGUUAUUCAAACAACAAAUUGA